AUGGACAUUCAAGGCAUACCAAUCCGAAAACUCGAAAUUUGUAAUAAUGCUUUCCAACACGUAUUCUUUGGAAAAAAGAUAUUAGAUGUGCCAUCGGAUAGCUGUCUUUCAAGACACAUGAAAGCCAUUUCCCGAGCCAUAGAUGAAAUUAUUAAUGAUAAAUUACGACAUGCUCCAGGGAAAAUUACUCGUAUGAUUGAUGAAAGUGAUGGUUUUGUGUCUAUAUUUUAUAACAUGAUUGAACAUUUGAAUGAAGAGGAAUUGGAAAUAAUUUCAGAACAAUACACCAUGUUGCUCAGAAAACAGCUACGUAGUCAAGAAGACACUCGUAAAAUGUAUCAACUUGAGCGUCAAUUGAAACUCAAGUACAAAAGGACAACCAUUUGCUCAAAAAUUCAACCCAUGUUAAAUCAAACAGCACAGACCUUAUUUGAAACUGUGAAACAAGCUGAGAGUGGAUGGAAUGGCCGUCGUGUUGACUUUAUGAUGUCCGAUAAUGGGGCGAAUGUGAUUGCAGUUGCCAAGCCAACCAUGCUCAACGUAACACUGAUUACUUGUUGUGGCCAUAAUUUGAAUUUGGUAUACAAACACUUUAUUACAUGCUAUAAGGACUUUGAAAGACAUGUUGGAAAGGUGAUUCGAAAGCUACGAUCGGAUUGGAAAUCGUUACGCUGGUUGGUGACUAUUUUGAAAUUCGAUUUUCAAUUUGUUGAAAAGUAUUUUAAUUCACAAGAUGGUACUAUUAUUAUUGAUGAUGACCUUAAUAAUUUUAAUGAUGUAAUGAAGCCUCCCUUACCAGUGUCCACUCGAUGGCAAAGCGUGUCACGUGCUGCUGUAUUUAUUUUAGAUCAUUUAGAACCAAUUUAUAGAGCAGCGAUUGAAUGGGGUAUUGACAAACAAGAUGAGAACAUUCAAGCAACUUGGUCCGAUGUGUUGGAUAUAGUUGAGAAUGAGGAUUUUUUAGAAGACCUACAAGUCAACAAAAUAUUUUAUGAACAAUUUUUAGAGCCAUCUUUUAAAGAAUUGAGAACUAAUAAUACUAUGGAGUUUUUUUUGGAAUAUAUCAACUCUUGGAACUCCAUACGUCUUGAACAAUUACAAGCACCAGACAACGUCGAUCAUACUCUAUUCAAUAGAGCUCGAGGGGAGGGUGUGAAAGAAUUGGAAAAGAUUAUGGGUGAUUAUGAAGAUUAUUCCUUUACCUAUGCUAGCGCUUUAUUGCAUCCACAAUUAAGUAGGAUGGCUGCCAGAAAAUUAUUCGAAUUUAGCCAAGAUGAGAGAAGUAAGUGGGGAUUUUCAGAUCGAUUAUUAACAUCGAUACAAAAUGGAACACAUACCCUGAUCGACUCACCAGAUGCACUGAAACGAUGGGUUGAAAAUUUUGGUUCAAUUGAAUUGGACAAUGAAAAGGUUGAAAGUGGAUUUUCAUAUUUCAACUUGGAUACCAUUGCCAAUCGAAAGGAUCGAGAAGCUUAUUUGAAAAUUAUAUUGAAUGACAUUGAUUUGUGGUAUCAUGAACUUAACAACAACAAUUCCAGAUAUUUUUCCAUUUACAAGGAUACAGUGAAAGACAUUAAUACAGAAGAUCGUACUUCCCGGCCAAAGGUUGCAACUUACGCCCAAGCAUUGACGAAUAUUAGAUCAGAAAUUAAAAGAAGACAGCAAGAUGAACGAAGAUUUGACAAUGAAGAAUGCAUCAAUGCCAUUCUCUAUUUAUUUAGAGCGUACAAUGCACUCCAUAUCGGUGAUGCAUUUGAAACGGUCAACAUUGGUACAAGUUCCAACCGUUGGUUGACCACUCAAAAUUUGCAAAAUAUUUUGGAAUUUCUCGUCUCAAAGAAUUAUUUAGAAUAUAAUGAUAUAGCACCCAAUAGCCCAGGCUUAGCUGUUGUCAUCUAUGUGUUCACUAACCCAAAAGUAAGGCAAGCGAUUGGAUUAUUUGUAGAGCAACAAGUACUUUCAAAUUUCACAGAAUUUGCCCCAACGUCUCAGCAACAUAUUCGUCUUCAAUCCAUCCAAGCAGGAGUAGCUGUAGGAAAUUUAUUGCCAGAGGAAGAUAACAUGUCCACUCAUACCAACUUAAGUACACACCAAGAUCAUAGUAUGGAUAUGUUUGACGAUCGAUUGAUAAUACUUUCUCAACCAAGAACGGCUCGAGUAACAACAUCAGGAAGAGUGUUAAGUGAAAUAUCAUUUGCUCGUUCCUGUCGAUUCAUACCAUACACUGUGAGGUCAACUGAGACACAACAAAAUCAUUCACAACAGCAACGUACAACAAUUAGAAAUUCUUUACAACAACAUGCCAACACAUAUCAUCAAAGCCAAGCUAGUAAUAUUUCAGAAUCACCAACAAGUCAUAAUUCACAACUACAAACUAUUGAUAACAAUUCACAACAACAAACAAUCAACAGUAAUUCACAACAAUAUUCAACCAUAUCAUAUAAUUCACAAUUUCAAUGUAAUGGUGGUCAUGACGAUGAUGGUUGGCCUUUAUUUUAUUCACAGGGAUUUAUGCAUCAACCACGUGAUUCACAAGUGUUUCAUUGGGAGCUGUAG